AUGACAGCCAACAAGCCCAAGGGGCAGAACUCUCUGGCCCUCCACAAGGUGAUCAUGGUGGGGAGCGGAGGAGUGGGCAAGUCAGCCCUCACCCUACAGUUCAUGUACGACGAGGUGAGACGUUGACGCGUGUCAAACCCCAUCAUCGUUCCUGCUCUCCACUCAUCGGUGGCCUGUUCGAAUACUCUUCAAAAUGUUUUCUUCCUUCCUUGACGUAAUCACUGUUCUGACACGACAUAACCAGUGAAAGCGGCAGGUAGCUUAGUGGUUAAGAGCGUUGUGCCAGUAACCGAAAGGUCGCUGGUUCUAAUCCCCGAGCCGACUAGGUGAAAAAUCUGUCGAUGUGCCCUUGAGCAAGGCACUUAACCCUAAUUGCUCCUGUAAGUCGCUCUGGAUAAGAGCGUCUGCUAAAUUAUUAAAAAUGUAAAAAAUGAAAUCAAUGCAGUGGAAAAGCUUGCAUACACCGAGCCAGUCAGAUCAGUGAUUACUUCAAGGAAGGAAGGAUGCUUUUUAAGAAUAUUCUAACAGGACCAACAUGUCCUGAAAAUGGACACUCCUGGUCACUGAUAUCAAUGCAGUGGAAACUUGGUAGCACGUCAAUAACCUAUAACUAACUGUUGACCUGUCUGGGCAGAGUGCCACUCCCCACUAAGGUCCCCAAUUGUCCACUCUCAAAAGGACUUCUCUCUUCCUCAAUUCUGUCAGGUGAUGGUCUGCUUAGGCCAAAAUGACACUGUGGUUUAAUCUUCAAACAUUUUAUUAUAUAAUGUAACCUCGUCUUAUAAAGAAACUUCUUCCUCCUACUUCUCUCCCUCCCAUCAGUUUGUGGAGGACUACGAGCCCACCAAGGCAGACAGCUACAGGAAGAAGGUGGUGCUGGACGGAGAGGAGGUGCAGAUCGACAUCCUGGACACAGCGGGCCAGGAGGACUACGCCGCCAUCCGAGACAACUACUUCCGCAGCGGUGAGGGCUUCCUCUGCGUCUUCUCCAUCACCGAGGCCGAGUCGUUCGCCGCCACCGCUGACUUCAGGUAAUAAGAGCGGCCUUUGAAGUGAAAAGGAGAGACCAGGUUUGGGGUCAGUUCAGGAAUUCAUUCCAUCCUCUCUCCAGAGAUCUAUAGGAAGACAUGACCUCCCUCUCUCCUCUCCAGAGAUCUAUAGGAAGACAUGACCUCCCUCUCUCCUCUCCAGAGAUCUAUAGGAAGACAUGACCUCCCUCUCUCCUCUCCAGAGAUCUAGAGGAUGACAUGACCUCCCUCUCUCCUCUCCAGAGAUCUAUAGGAUGACAUGACCUCCCUCUCUCCAGAGAUCUAUAGGAUGACAUGACCUCCCUCUCUCCUCUCCAGAGAUCUAUAGGAUGACAUGACCUCCCUCUCUCCUCUCCAGAGAUCUAUAGGAUGACAUGACCUCCCUCUCUCCUCUCCAGAGAUCUAUAGGAUGACAUGACCUCCCUCUCUCCAGAGAUCUAUAGGAUGACAUGACCUCCCUCUCUCCUCUCCAGAGAUCUAUAGGAUGACAUGACCUCCCUCUCUCCUCUCCAGAGAUCUAUAGGAUGACAUGACCUCCCUCUCUCCUCUCCAGAGAUCUAUAGGAUGACAUGACCUCCCUCUCUCCAGAGAUCUAUAGGAUGACAUGACCUCCCUCUCUCCUCUCCAGAGAUCUAUAGGAUGACAUGACCUCCCUCUCUCCUCUCCAGAGAUCUAUAGGAUGACAUGACCUCCCUCUCUCCUCUCCAGAGAUCUAUAGGAAGACAUGACCUCCCUCUCUCCUCUCCAGAGAUCUAUAGGAUGACAUGACCUCCCUCUCUCCUCUCCAGAGAUCUAUAGGAAGACAUGACCUCCCUCUCUCCUCUCCAGAGAUCUAUAGGAUGACAUGACCUCCCUCUCUCCAGAGAUCUAUAGGAUGACAUGACCUCCCUCUCUCCUCUCCAGAGAUCUAUAGGAUGACAUGACCUCCCUCUCUCCUCUCCAGAGAUCUAUAGGAUGACAUGACCUCCCUCUCUCCUCUCCAGAGAUCUAUAGGAUGACAUGACCUCCCUCUCUCCAGAGAUCUAUAGGAUGACAUGACCUCCCUCUCUCCUCUCCAGAGAUCUAUAGGAUGACAUGACCUCCCUCUCUCCUCUCCAGAGAUCUAUAGGAUGACAUGACCUCCCUCUCUCCAGAAAUCUAUAGGAUGACAUGACCUCCCUCUCUCCUCUCUCCAGAGAACAGAUCCUGCGAGUGAAGGAGGAUGAGAAUGUUCCCUUCCUCCUGGUGGGUAAUAAGUCAGACCUGGAGGAGCGGAGGCAGGUGAGCGGCGAGGAGGCCAAGGCCCGGGCCGAGCAGUGGGGCGUCAGCUACGUGGAGACCUCCGCCAAGACUCGGGCCAAUGUUGACAAGGUGAUGAUAUUUUUUUAUUUUUUACAUACGGGGGGUGGGGGGGGGAUUUCUCAGACACAGACUAAAGCCUAGUCCAGGACUAAAAAGCCCUUUCAGUUGAGGUUUUUCGUUCCAGGACUAGUCUGUUUUUAUUCACACGGUGGUGCAGUCUUUCUUAAAAACAGGAAGGAAUGCGAUUGUAAUAGUUGUGUUUUACAUCGGCUCAAUUCAAUUGAAUUUGCAUUGCAUUAUUUAGUUAUUGAAUAAUAAUAAAAAAACUGCGUGUUUUGGGUACUGUAAAACCAGAAGCCUUCAGGUAGACUACCCUCACGUUUCCAGUUUUAAGAGAAAGUGUUCAAAAUGUACUGGGUUGUCUUUGUUCAAUGUCUUUUGCGAAACAACAGAUCACAAAAAGAAAGUGUGUAGGAAGUAGUCUGUAAACAAAGACAAUGUUGCUAUGGUGAUUAUCUAUUGAAUUCUAGGCUUACUGACAUAUUAUGCUAUACAGAAGACGCGUGUUUGUGUGGGCGCCAGUGAGUGCACACGCUGCAGAAACCUUGUCGGCGCUAAGCUAAAGGACGUGGCUAUCGCACACAGGGCUAUCGCAGCCAAUUCCGAGGCUACGGAUGAGGACAGGAACAACUACAAGAAGUCCUGCUACGACCUCCGCAGAGUCAAACGGACAACAUAGGAACAAGGAUGGAAUCUUCAUUAUUAUUAUUAUUAUUAGCUCUGCCGUAUGUGGCAGGGGCUACAGUCCGUUACGGAUUACAAAGGAAGACCCAGCCGUGAUCUGCCCAACGAUGCCUCUCUACCAGACAAACUCAAUGCAGUUUGUGCAUGCUUCGUCAAAAUGCACGGCGCUGUGUUUAAGGGCCCCCACCAACCCAACUGACUGGGCGAUCUCGCUCUCCGAGGCCAACAUGAGGUCACCACUCAAAGCCGCGGGGCCGGACGGUAUUCCAGGCUACGUUCUCAGAGCAUGCGCAGAACAGCUGGCAGGGCAUAUUCACAAAUGAUUUAACCUCUCCUUGUCCCCAGUCUGUCUGUAAUCCCCACGUCUCAAGCUGACCUCCAUCAUUCCUGUUCCCAACAACUCUAAAGCUACCUGCCACAAUGCCUACCGCCCUGUAGCACUCAUCAGUAAAUCAUGAAGUGAUUUUGAAAGGCUGGUCAUGUCACACGUCAACUCAUUCAUCUCCACCGUAGACCCACUCCGGUUUGCAUACCGCCCCAACAGAUCCAAUGUCAAUUGCACUCCACACUGCCAUCGUCACCAAGCCGGGGACCCUUGGACUGAACACUUCAUAGUGAACACACAAUAGUGCCCUCCAAGCGAACACCUCCCUCUGCAACUGGAUACCUGGACUUCCUGACGGGCCGACCCCAGGUGGUGAGGAGGGUAGGCAACAUCACCUCCGCCACGCUGACCCUCAACACGGGGGCCCCACAGGGGUGUGUGCUUAGUCCCCUCUUGUACUCCCUGUUCACCCACGACUGCGUGGCCAUCUACGACUGCUGACAAGACGACGGUGGUAGGCCUGAUCACCGGUGACGAUGAGACAGCCUACAGGGAGGAGGUCAGAGACCUGGCAGUGUGGUGCCUGGACAACAACCUCUCCCUCAACGUCAGUAAGACAAAGGAGCUGAUCGUGGACGACAGGAAAGGGGGGGGGGGGGGACAAGCACACCCCCAUCUACAUCAACGGGGCUGCAGUUGAGAGGGUCGAGAGUUAAGUUCCUCGGUGUCCAAAUCACUAAAGACUUAAAAAUGGUCCACACACACAGUUGUGAAGAAGGUUCAGGAGGUUGAAAAUGAGGUUGAAAAGAUUUGGCAUGAGGCCCUCAAAUCCUCAAAGUUCUACAGCUGCACCAUUGAGAGCAUAUUGACUGGCUGCAUCACCGCCUGGUAUGGCCAUAGCACCGCCCUCGAUCACAUAGCGCUGCAGGGGGUGGUGUGGACAGCCCAGUACAUCACUGGGGCCUGGAAAAUUGUUACACUCCAAUCACCCAAGUCAUAGACUGUUCUCUCGGUAUCCGCACAGCAAGCGGUACUGGAGCAACAGGCUCCUGAACCGCUUCUAUCCCCAAGCUAUAAGACUGCUAAAUAGCUAACAAAAUGGCUACACGGACUGUCUGCAUUGACCCUUGUAUUUUUUUUUAAACUGAUUUUAUGCACACUCCCAGUACUCUACUCACUCACACACUGACACUCCAACACACACACAUUCAUACUGACACUCCAACACACACACAUUCAUACUGACUCUACACACACACUCACUCACAUACAGUGAGGGGGAAAACGUACGUUUGCCCACUGACAAAGAAAUGAUCAGUCUAUAAUUUUAAUGGAAGGUUUAUUUGAACAGUGAGAGACAGAAUAACAACAACAAAAAUCCAGAAAAACGCAUGUAAAAAAUGUUAUAAAUUGAUUUGCAUUUUAAUGAGGGAAAUAAGUAUUUGACCCCCUCUCAAUCAGAAAGAUUUCUGGCUCCCAGGUGUCUUUUAUACAGGUAACGAGCUGAGAUUAGGAGCACACUCUCUUAAAGGGAGUGCUCCUAAUCUCAGUUUUUUACCUGUAUAAAAGACACCUAUCCACAGAAGCAAUCAAUCAAUCAGAUUCCAAACUCUCCACCAUGGCCAAGACCAAAGAGCUCUCCAAGGAUGUCAGGGACAAGAUUGUAGACCUACACAAGGCUGGAAUGGGCUACAAAACCAUCGCCAAGCAGCUUGGUGAGAAGGUGACAACAGUUGGUGCGAUUAUUCGCCAAUGGAAGAAACACAAAAGAACUGUCAAUCUCCCUCGGCCUGGGGCUCCAUGCAAGAUCUCACCUCGUGGAGUUGCGAAGAUCAUGAGAACGGUGAGGAAUCAGCUCAGAACUACACGGGAGGAUCUUGUCAAUGAUCUCAAGGCAGCUGGGACCAUAGUCACCAAGAAAACAAUUGGUAACACACUACGCCGUGAAGGACUGAAAUCCUGCAGCGCCCGCAAGGUCCCCCUGCUCAAGAAAGCACAUAUACAGGCCCGUCUGAAGUUUGCCAAUGAAAAUCUGAAUGAUUCAGAGGAGAACUGGGUGAAAGUGUUGUGGUCAGAUGAGACCAAAAUCGAGCUCUUUGGCAUCAACUCAACAUGCCGUGUUUGGAGGAGGAGGAAUGCUGCCUAUGACCCCAAGAACACCAUCCCCACCGUCAAACAUGGAGGUGGAAACAUUAUGCUUUGGGGGUGUUUUUCUGCUAAGGGGACAGGACAACUUCAUCACAUCAAAGGGAAGAUGGACGGGGCCAUGCACCGUCAAAUCUUGGGUGAGAACCUCCUUCCCUCAGCCAGGGCAUUGAAAAUGGGUCGAAGAUGGGUAUUCCAACAUGACAAUGACCCAAAACACAAGGCCAAGGCAACAAAGGAGUGGCUCAAGAAGAAGCACAUUAAGGUCCUGGAGUGGCCUAGCCCAUAGAAAAUCUGUGGAGGGAGCUGAAGGUUCGAGUUGCCAAACGUCAGCCUCGAAACCUUAAUGACUUGGAGAAGAUCUGCAAAGAGGAGUGGGACAAAAUCCCUCCUGAGAUGUGUGCAAACCUGGUGGCCAACUACAAGAAACGUCUGACCUCUGUGAUUGCCAACAAGGGUUUUGCCACCAAGUGCUAAAUCAUGUUUUGCAGAGGGGUCAAAUACUUAUUUCCCUCAUUAAAAUGCAAAUCAAUUUAUAACAUUUUUGACAUGUGUUUUUCUGGAUUUUUGUUGUUGUUAUUCUGUCUCUCACUGUUCAAAUAAACCUACCAUUAACAUUAUAGACUGAUCAUGUCUUUGUCAGUGGGCAAACGUACAAAAUCAGCAGGGGAUCAAAUACUUUUUUUCCCCUCACUGUACAAGCUGCUGCUACUCUGUUUAUCAUAUCCUGAUGCCUAGUCACCUGACCCCUAUACAUAUCUACCUCUAUCACUCCAGUAUCCCUGCACAUUGUUAAUAUGGCAUUGUAACUGACCCUGUAUAUAGUCACCUUACCCCUAUACACAUCUACCCCUCCAGUAUCCCUGAACAUUGUAACUGACCCUGUAUAUAGUUACUCUCUAGAGUUCUUAUUUCUAUUUCUCAUGUGUUUUUUGUUUUUACUUUACCUUAUAGUACUACUGAUUGAUUACUGCAUUGUUGGGAAAGAGCUAGCAAGAAAGGCAUUUCACUGUACUUGUGCACGUGACAACUUAAAUUUGUAUUGAAUUGCAGGCUUACUGACAAACACAAUAUGAAUAUGUAUGCACUCACUAAGUCGCUCUGGAUAAGAGCGUCUGCUAAAUGACUAAAAAAUGUAAAAUAAAAUAAAAAUGUAAGAUCCUCAAUAGAACACUUACCUGUCCCUCUCCACCUAAAUGUAAAUUCAGUCUGGUGGCAGAUAGUCAAGUGGCCGUUAUCACCUGCAUUUGUGGAUUCAUUGUUGAUCAUUUGAUUCAUUGUGUUGAAGCAAUCCCACGUCUCCAUGACAUCACUGCUCCAGGCAGCUAAUAGUGGGGUGUGGUUGGACAACUCAUGAUUGUUCUUAGCAAUGCAUCCAACAACCGUGAGACAGACCUGAUUUAGGUUAUGAUUUAAUUUAAAAAGGGGAUAGUUUACCUAAAUUACAAAAUGACACAUUGGUUUCUUUACCCUGUAAGCCGUCUAUGGACCAAGUAUAAAAGCAAUCCAUGCUUUGGUUUAGUUUCCUAAAGUUAGCAUUUGGAAACAGUGCCAGAAAAAAAAAAUGGAUUGCUGUCAUACCUUGUCCUUAGACUGCUUACAGGGUAGGAAACCAGUGUGUCAUUUUUGGCCAUAACAAUUGUUUGUGAUAUGUGGUUGUUCGUGCCGGGUGAGGUCAUACAAUGGGUAUAGAGGGGAGGCAAACUGCCAAAGAAAUGCUAAACUUGUGUACAGAAACAUAGUAGGAGUAGGUUUACAGUAUCAUAACUAGGCCUGUUUCUGUAUCUGCUCAUGAAGCUAUGCUCAGUGAAAUUAUUUGGCGACCCCCCCCCCCCCCCCCCCAGUGGAAAAAUCAAUGACCAAUCAAAUGCUCUCUUCCUUACAGGUCUUUUUUGACCUGAUGCGUGAGAUCAGAGCCAGAAAAAUGGAGGACGGCAAGGAGAAGAACGGAAAGAAGAAGAGGAAGAGCCUGGCUAAGCGGAUCAGAGAGCGAUGCUGUGUUUUAUAG